AUGCCUUCUUCUGGUGCUACUGCGUAUAAAACUCUUGGGGUGAGGACGCGAGCGCAGAAAAGGAGGAUCGGGGAGCGAGAUGUGUGGGAUUUGAUCGUGAAUAACGACGAUAUUUGUUUCAAACACAUUCUUCCGAGACUGAAUCGAACCGAUCUGAAAUUCUUGUACGGGGUGAAUACGGAGACGCGAAAGUUGAUUAAGAGAUCAUCUCGCAAGGGGGAGUUGAAAAAGAAGUUUAGAGUGAGAGAGAUGUCGUCGAUAUCGACGUUGGAGAUUGCGUGGGAGCAUAAAUCGUCGUGGCGGGAUUACUGGAAAGACGAAACAGAUUUCUGCAAUCGAGUUGCUCAAACGAAUAAACUCGAGUUGCUCAAGUGGGCGCGAGAGGAGAAAAAGUGUAAGUGGGAUGGAAGGACGAUUAAAGCGGCCGCAGGACAAGGCAAUCUGGAAAUGGUAAAGUAUUGCGUGGCGAAUGAGUGUCCUAUCGAUGCGUGGACGUGUGCAAAUGCUGCUUCAGGAGGUCAUCUCGAGUGCCUCAAAUACUUACGCGAAGAAGCCAAAGCGCCUUGGGAUUGGAGAACUGCCAAUUGGGCAGCUUCAAAUGGUCAUCUUCAUAUACUUGAAUAUCUUGUUGAGCGUAAGUUUGAUGAAUAUGAAGAAGAUGAGUGUGAGUUUGCAGCCAAGUUCGGCCACUUGAACUGUUUGAAGUACUUGCAUGAAACCGCCAAAGCGCCGUGGGACUCUUGGGCGGUUUUCGAAGCGCACAAGAACAACCACCCCGACUGUGUACAAUACCUCCUCGACAAUAACUGUCCUCUCCCACCCAAUUGGCGAUACGAACACGGAGAGUUACACGUGCCAGAAUCAGAAUCAGAAUCAGAAUAA